AGAUGCGACUAUUCACUUGGUAAUCAUAUCAUUUUAUACGCAGUUGUUGUAUUCUUUGUCGUAGUCAUACCAUUUAUCUUUUGGCGUUUAAAGGGGGACGCAGAUGCGCAUGGUAUUCGACGGGAGAUUUGGGUGACGAUGGGUAUGGGUAUACCUUGUUUUAUCAUUUUUGUCAUUUGGCAGACUUUAUUUAAGCCUCCUACAGGGUCAAAUCCAGCAGCAUCGAUGAGGGGGAUCUUUGGACCCUCAAAUUGGUUGGUUAUCGUGACAACAACGUAUCAUAUUAUGACAGUGGUGGUACCCGUCUUUAGGAAAUUAACUAUGACAGAGCUAUCACUACCGAUAAGGAGACAAUCCAUCUCUAUCAUAGACUCGUCCUCUGUGGGAGAUCAAGAGGAACUAAUGAUGUUGGAAUUAACGACCGACUCCUUAGAAUCAGCCUUGAGAAACCCACUCAUGUUAAAAGUUUUACAAACAUGGGCAAUUAAAGAUUUUAGUGUAGAGAACAUAUUGUUCUAUGAUAGAUAUUUGCAUCUAGCACAACAACUU